UGCGUCUUCCUGUUGAUACGGAAACAUCUCGAAAACCUUGCAUGAAUAAGGGCUCUUAAAAACAAAAAAAACGUCCUCGAAUGUGCACAAGGCUGUGCGUUUGUACCGUGGUUUUCCUGCGGUUUGCACCAUUAGCUGCGGCUCGCUAAACGCAGCUGCGGUUGAAAUCAACACCUAGCAACCACACCUGGCCGCUUUCGGGGGUGCAGUCCGCGGUCCUCCGGCUCAGCUUCGUGCCGCUAACGGGGCUGGGGCCACUUCAGCUUUCCCACCAUGUUGAGCAGCGUCGCCCUGCGAGCUCAGAUCGCCUCCGUGAUUGAUGCCCUGUCCAAGGCAGCCGUGGCCGAGAUCGCCCAGGUCGUGGAGGAUGGCAUGGUGGUGCUACGACUGGAAAUGUGUCAGCGGGAGAACGAGAUCAAGAAGCUGAAGAGCAACAUCGAGGUGCUGCACGGCGAGCUGCGGGCGACACAGCACGCAGGGAGCCUGCGACCCCACCACGGGAGGGACGAAAUCCAGAGUUGCAUGGGUGAUGAGAGGAACCUGUUGGAGAAUGUGCGUCCUGAGGAGGGGAACAGCAGCGUGCACGUGACCGACGUGCAGGUGAAAUGCGAACCCGGCGAAGGGGGAAGUGAGGAGACCCCGAGGCCGGCCGACAAAUUGGACGGAGGUCUCACCCUGUACGAGGCAGGUCAAUGGACAGCGGCAGCAGCAAAUGAGACUGCCGGCGGCAGCAGCAUGGAUUAUUUGGGUCUCGGGGAGAGCUCGCUGUCCUGUCUCCCCGAGUCCUCUCUGGCCAACGGGCUGAGCGUGUCCGGCAGCGGCUCCGGCGGGCUCCAGCAGGGCCCCUUCAGCCGAGGCCUGCUGGGCUACAACCAGCACCGGAACAUGGUGCGCAGGAGGACGGCGAAGAGGCUGAUUUUCAGGAAGGGCUUCUUCUGUCCGUACUGCGGCAAAUACUUCGAACGCAUCGGGCACCUGGAGAGACACAAAAGGAUCCACACGGGGGAGAAACCCUACCGCUGCGAGAUCUGCGAGAAGCGCUUCAACCAGAAGUGCACUCUGAAGGAGCACAUGAAUAUCCACAGAAGAACAGGCAUUCAGUCCAGACCAGCCGAGCUCCAAGUGGCCGAACACAAGCAGGUCCCCGAGGCGACUCCCCGCACCAGUGCAGGCGUCCCGGAGCAGGAGAGCCAGGCCGAAGCCGAUGACGGUGGUCCGGCCAAGAGGGACGACCCCCUCCCAGCACCUGUGCAGAUCAAAUCCGAGCCCACGGAGGAAAAUGUAACACAGCCGCUGUUCCACGGAGGAAACGAGCAGGCGGGGGGAGCGGUCGGCAACCUGAGCGAGAAUUUCUCGGCGUUUCAGAGAGACAACCAGCAGUGGAUGUCACGGCUACAAAACAACCCGGAGCUGAGCAGCACGGACUUUCUCCAGAGCGGGACGUCGUAUCCCGGGAUCUCUCAGCUGCUCCCACCGCCAGUCGAGGCGUCCUGCAGCACCUUCCCUUUCCCAGGAAAGCCGUACGGCGAGCUGAAAAACAACGCGAUCCCCCAAGCACCUUACAGAGCGCCGGACGCCCUGAUGAUGCCGGGCGAAGCGAGCCUGCACCGCGGCAUCGGAGAGUCCUCACUGACUCACCCCCAGCAGAGAAGUUGGUCCUUCCCCCGGAUCAAGCCAAAGAAAUGCUUCGUUUGCUCGUACUGCAGCAAAGUGUUCGAGCGAGCCGGCCACCUGGAGAGACACUUACGGAUUCACACGGGGGAGAAGCCGUACGGCUGCCACAUCUGUGGGAAGUGCUUCAACCAGAAGAGCAGCCUGAAGAGCCACAUGAAGACGCACAGGAACGGUGAAACCACAGAUGUGCUGGAUUCUCACCGCAUGAUGUUUACAAUGCCGGACAAUCAGCAGCCGGACCCCCUGUCGGCGCCCGCCAGCCGCCUGACGGCGCUGGAGGAACAGCUGCCGGGCCAUUCGUUCCUGGAAGAACCGGUGGUGGUCAAACUGGAACCAAAGGAGGCUUUUCACGGCCAGGCGGCAGCCGAGGCCAACGUGGGAGGAGCCAACCAAAGCCAGCUGUGGACGACCGGGCCAGAGAAGAGCAACGGCGUCCCCGAACAGCCCGUCUGCAUGCUUCUGCAUGACGUCAAGUAUCAUCUCAGUCCCGGCGCUCCCGGCGAGCAGCUGGGAUACAUCUCGCCAAGCAAGGAUCUGACCUUCGUGGACGAGAAGGAAACGGACGGGGAUCAGUACUCGGUGGCGGGGAUGCAGCCGAGCUCCUCCGACGUGACUCUGGCGCCCGAGCCACACGACCAAAACGUCCUCCGCGAGGCGGCGGUGGACGACUACGGCGCCCUGAGCGACACGGGUCACCACGGGGGCAUCUUCAGCUUUAACAUGUCGGAGGUCGGCGAGCACGAGGACAGCUGCGACGCCGACGCCGCCAUGCACAACAGCUUCAUCUGCGCCAACUGCGGCCAGAGCUUCGGUACGUUCGACAUGUUUCAGAGGCACCACUGUGAGAAAGUGGCGGAGCAGUCGCUCAGCUGUGAGAUAUGCGGGAAGACCUUCAGCCAAAUGGGCAUCUUGAAGCUGCACCUUAAACUGCACAUGGAUAAAAACCCUUUGUAUCAUCCGCCGCAGGAGAAAUGAUCACUGACUGGGCUUCAGCACAAUUUCCACGGUACAUAUGAAGACAUACUGUUACCUCUUUCAUUUGCGGAAUUGGUUAAGAUGUUUUUUUUUUUUUCUGUUUCCCAUAAAAAUAAUUAAUCAGACUUUUAGGUUCCAGACAGUGAAAUGCUUUCCUGCUGCUUGAAUCCACUCCAUUUGCCACUUGAACACAAUCCUUUUUGUUAAAACAGAUUGAGCGUUGUUGCGUUGUUGACUGGGAGUGUUGUUUUGAAAGGCGCUCGAUCGCGAUCAUAAUCUUAUUUGAACGGAUUGUCUUUACAGUGAUCAUGGAAACAGAUCACAAGUAAUUUUUCUGAAGAAUUUAGCGAACUCUUGCGUUUUCGGUGCGAUCUCUACGUAUAAGACCACUUUUAGGAAGACUAUUAAAAAUGUCAAUCGAAGUGAUUUUGGAUGAUGAUGAAGUAUGGAAAUAAUCCUGUACUGUGCCUCAGAUUAUUAAGUUAUGUUACAAUUUUCUUUAAAAGGCAGGUAAGUUGGGAUUUCUUUAUCGUGCCAGACAUCGCUGAAAUCCUUCAGGGGUGCCUUUGGACACAAGGUGACACAGUGGUGGGGAAAGAGUUAAGGACUGUUAUUUAUUUUAGUUGUUACAAGUUAGUUAAAUCUGUCUUAGUUCACUGACAGGUAAUAAGUGUGGAACUAAAGCCUCCAUCCUGCUGAGUGAAUGAAGCACUCUUAAUCAAACUGUUCAGUAUUUUAUUGUCUCCUGCAGACUUGAAGGGUCAAUUAAGAUUCUCAGAAGAAAAAAAAAAAGCUUUGUGUUUUUUGGCUUGUAACUUUUUUCGAUCUGAUGUGAGUGCCUACAUUUUUCUCAUGGGAAUGUUUUCCCAACAGCACCAUCCAAAACUGUGUGAGAGAAUUACUUCCUCAGUUGAGUUCUCAUUCAGCUAUUUUAUACUUUCUGUUUUUUCAGUCUGAUAGCCGCCAUCAGUGUAGCAAGGUUUACUGUUAUUGUAUUUUCAUUAUGUUUGGAAAUAUGAAAAGAAA